AUGUGGUCAACGACACUCGACCCCGAUUUGCGAAUGCUCCCGCCAACGGGCCUCCCGCUCGCCAUCAUCAUCAUAUCAUGCGUCUUCCUCGUCUUCUCGGUAAUCUGCGUCGGGCUACGUACCCGCAUCCGCCUUGUCGAACGCACCUUUGGACUUGACGAUGGCCUCAUGGCGGCAGGAACGGUUGUUUACGUGGCGGUUGUUGGACUUGCUGUCUACGGUUGCUUCGUUGGACUCGGGACUCUCGAGGAGAACUUGAACGCAUGGCUGUGGGCGGAGGGCCUCAAGAUCUACGUUGUCUGGAUUCUCGUCUACGUUGGCGCCCUUGCGCUCGUCAAGUCUUCCGUCUGCCUCACGAUUCAACGCAUUGUCACGACGGAUCGAGCUCUUACCAUCACGAUUUGGGUUCUUUUGGGCCUCACGUGGGCGUCUUUCUUCAUCACGUUCAUCGGAACCCUUCUCUACUGCCGCCCUGUCGAAGCCCUAUGGACUCCAACAAUGAUUAUCUCCGGCGAGGGAACCUGCGCUGAUGUCGACGUUCUCAUCGCCAUCGGGCAUGUGGCCACCUCUUCCGCAAUCGUCACGGAUCUUGCUCUUGUCGUCGUUCCCGCUGUCAUUCUGUGGGGAACGCAGAUGAAGACGCAGACCAAACUGCAAGUCUUUGGACUGCUGUCCUUCGCUUCUGUGGCGUCGAUCAUCACGAUGGUCCGCAUUCCUUACGUCAACCACUUCAAGGCCCAGACAAACCUCCAGUUCUGGGUCGCCCACACAGUCCUCUGCUCCAACGUCGAGACAGGCAUCGGCUGCAUCGCCUCCUCGGUCCCCUCUCUGCGCCGCUUCAUCGCACGCACACGCGGCACGACCGCCGAAGAUUCCGCACCCAGCAAAAGCAACGGAACGGGUGGGCUGUUCACGUUUGGCAGCAAGCCUGUCGAGAGGAGCCGCGACCCGUACCGCAACCCAACAGAUGUGGGCUUCAGUCUCGCCACUGUGCAUGGGAGGGGCGAUGACAGCUGGGAACGCCUCCAGGAUGGCGAUUCCGACAAAGGAGACCUGCUGCCGAACAACCAAAAGGGCGGCGGUAUCCACAAGCAGUUCACGUACACGGUCGAUAUCGAGACGGACUCCAGUCUGAAGACUGGCCGGUCUGGAUCGAGCCGGUAG